AUGACGGGCCUGUCCCCAGACUACGACUAUCUGUUCAAGCUUUUGCUGAUUGGUGACUCGGGCGUGGGUAAGUCGUGUCUUCUCCUGCGUUUUGCCGACGACACGUAUACGGAGUCGUAUAUAUCUACGAUUGGUGUUGACUUUAAGAUCCGGACGAUUGAGCUGGAGGGCAAGACGGUCAAGCUGCAAAUUUGGGACACGGCGGGCCAGGAGCGGUUCCGGACGAUUACGUCGUCGUACUACCGCGGUGCGCAUGGCAUCAUUGUCGUGUACGACGUGACGGAUGAAUCGACCUUCGCGAAUGUGAAGCAGUGGCUGCAGGAGAUUGAGCGCUAUGCGUGUGAGGGCGUUAACAAGCUGCUCGUGGGCAACAAGGCGGAUCUGACAAGCAGCAAGGCUGUCGACUUUGAUGCGGCGAAGCAGCUCGCGGACGAGCUGGGCAUUCCCUUCCUCGAGACGAGUGCGAAGGAUGCUACGAACGUCGAGCAGGCUUUCUUGACGAUGGCCAAGCAGAUCAAGGACCGCAUGGGUGUGUCGGCGAUGCAGAACGGCAGUGCAGGCAAGUCGUCCCUCAAGGUCGGCCAGGGCCAGAGUGUGCAGCCCACGAACAACGGCGGCUGCUGCUAA